CAUGUUGCAAUGAAAGGAUUGGUUGGGAAUACAGCUCAGAAACAGCCACAACAACAAGGGCAGCAUCUCCUUCCAGAACAACAGUGGCAGCAACCUCAGCAUAUUCAAGUACCACAACAAAUGCCUCAUUAUCAAGUACAGCAGCAGCCUGACCCACGGCAAAUACUGCAACAACCUCAGAUGCCCUUGCUACAACAACAGCAAGAACAGCAACCACACUACUAUCAGCAACAGCAGUACCACUAUCAUCCAUGGCAGGAUAAUACUGGAGCCUAUGCAUAUGCAAGAAAUACAGGCACAGUUUUUCAAGCUGCUCAUCCUCAUGUCCCUGAAAAUAACUUGUGUUUUGUAUGCAAUAAGCGAUGGUACCAUGAAACCCAAUGUGAUUAUUUUGGACCACAUAAAGUGCACAAAGAUUGUCACUCAUGUAUAGAAUGUAAAGGGAAACAUCAGUUAAAACUGUACUAUGACAAGUUUGUAUGUGCUAAGCACAUAAAUAAACUCACUUGCAAAUAUUGUCAUAAAGAGGGAUAUAUGAAAUGUGUAAGUGAAGGAUUUUUUUGUACCUCCUGUCAAGAAACGAUAUGCUGAAACUAUAGUAUAAACUAUGACUUGUGAAACUUAGAUUGAAUUGCUGCUUCAUUAUAGGUUAAUUUUUCUAACAAUUA